AUGUUUAUUGGUGAUGAUAGAAAAUAUGUUGAGGAAGCUGUUUGUAGUAGCUUGUUCAAUAGUGAGGACACUUUGAGUAAAUUUAAAAAAAAAUUAAGAUACCACCUAGCAAUGAAACUACAAAAUAAAAGAGAUACUUGUACACUAGUAUUUGAAAAGGGAACAGAAAAGAGAUUAAUCUUAGUGAUGAUUAGAGAAUUCCUUAUAAAAUGUGGUCUGGAAGAAACAAGAGCAUGCUUAGAUAAUGAAUGCGAUAUAGAUGACAAUGAUAUGGUAGAAUCUUUUGAUGAGAUGCUUGACAAGUUAAAUAAAAUAAGCAAUAACUCUGUAAAUAAUGAUAUGGAUUUAUACCCUACAAUGAUUGAGAAGUUAGUUAACUCUAGUAUAAAGCUACGUAAUGAUCACCAAACUGAUCAUAUUACUAGUGCUGCUUUAGUAGAAGCUAGUGAAUGUAUUACUUCCUUAGAAGAAGAAAUUCAGCGGCUCCAUAAAGCAUACUCUGAACAGGUAAAUGAAACUAGAUUAAUUAUGGAGAAAAAGGUUAAUGAAAUAGAAAAGCUCUAUUGGAGCAGUGUAAAAACUAUGGAGGAGCGGAUGAUUAAGAAUACAGAUGUCAAAUAA